AUGGCAGAAAGCUCCACUCCCUGCCCGUUUGCAUCGAACCAGCGUUCACCUGCCGAAGCCUUCCUGGGAUGCCGACUGCGAAUGGAAUUCGAUCUACUGUUACCUUCUAGAGUUCGCUCAAACGGUACACGAAAUCUCAAAAUGGAAUCUCAAUUCCACCGUCGAAAUGGAGCAAGACGCCGCAACUUUGAGAUCAAAGACGCGAUUUCUGCUGAGGAUUAUCGAGAACAGAAACCAACUUGGACUCCCGGUUUUACCACACGCCGUGUUGGAAACACAACCUACACUGUUCGCUGUAGAAAUGAAGUAUGGACUCGGCACGUAAGCAAUCCAUCCGCGAUCCAGGAUAGGCACAACUGCGACUAA